AUGGGGGACUCGGCCAGGACCAAGCGGCGGGAGCAGCUGCAGCGAUGGGCUGGCUCCAGCACGGACAAAGCCCCGGCCGUGCCCCGGAGGAGAUGGCGGGGCGACGGGGAAAAGCACCCAGAGGCCAGCCACCACAACAGCGAGGAUCCGCCAACAACAAGCAAGCCAGUGUCCGAAGAAGCGCCGCAGAUCAGUCCCUACACCAAGAGACGGAAACGUGUGAGGUUUGACAGAGCGGCUGAGUUCUUGGCGACAUGUGCGAGCGGUGACACAGAGGAGGCGCGGGUGAUGCUGACGGAGGCGCGACUGAUGACCAGAGAAGACGGAGAAGACGCACAGGACAUUAUCAACUGUUCAAAUGCAGACGGAAUAACUGCGCUGCACCAGGCAUGCAUCGAUGGGAGUAUGGAGAUAGUGACGUUCAUGCUGGAGAAUGGAGCCAGUGUGAACCAGGUGGACAGCGAGGGAUGGACGCCGCUGCACGUGGCGGCCUCCUGCGGAUACUCAGAGAUAGCAGAGUACCUCCUGCAGCACGAUGCCUGUCUGUCAGCGGUGAACUGUGACGGAGAUGUUCCUCUGGACAUCGCGCUGGACGAAACCACAGAGUCACUCAUUCAGAAAUUCACCAUUAGACAAGGUGUGGACUUGGAGGCCGCGAAACGUGUGGAGGAGGAGCAGAUCAUGACAGACGCUCGGGCCUGGCUCACGGAGGGACCACCGGCCGACGUGCGGCACCCCAAGACUGGAGCCACACCUCUGCAUGUGGCCGCGGCGAAGGGAUACCUGGAGGCUCUCAAAAUUCUGUGUCAGUGUGGUCUGGAUGUUUCGGCCAAAGACAAUGACGGCUGGACGCCUCUCCACGCCGCAGCGCACUGGGGCCAGGGCGACGCGUGUCAGGUUUUGGCCGAACAGUUGUGCAACAUGGAGGCCCGCAGCAACUCUGGCCAGACGCCGUUUGAUGUUUCAGAUGAGAGCGUGGAGGAGCUCCUGGAGGAUUUAUCACAGAAACAAGCCAGUUGGCGUAAGGAACAGUCCAUAUUGGAUCGACAAAACCAACCAGGCUCCACUACGCCGACCGCUCAGAGCAAACGGAGGCGGAGCUCCGUGUGUCGGAUGAGCAGCAAAGACAAGAUGAAUGUUCAGGACCAGUCUAAAGAGAGGGGCGUGUCUGGAGGCUCGGAGUUCAACGAGGAGGAGAGCAGUCCAGAAAGCUCUGCAGUGUCAAGUCCAGAGACUGAGAGCAUGACCACGACUACAGUUAGUCCUGCUGAAAAGACGUCUGAGGAGAACCACGAGGAGAAGGAGCAGGACGACAAGGUGACGCCCACAGCACGAGUCCAGCCCACUCCACAGACAAAAGACUCUCCGGCCGACAGCCCCAACACCCCCAGCUCCGACCGCCGAAAGUUCCAGGCUCCAGUCAGAGACGAAGAGUCCGAAUCCCAGAGAAAAGCUCGCUCUCGGCUGCUGCGACAGACGCGCCGCUCCACACAGGGCGUGACUCUCACAGACCUUAAAGAAGCAGAGAAGAAUGUCCCCAAAACAGGCGAUCCGACUCCUCCGGUUCAUCCUGUGAGCCCCAUCAUCACCCUGACCCCCGCAGAGAGAGACUCGGACCCAGUGAAACCAGAGGAGCCUGAGGCCGAGAAGAAGCUGGGCGUGCGAGACCGGAGGCGAGGGCGGAAAGAGAGGCGCUCCACGGGGAUCGUCCAGACCAGCGAAGAGAACGAGAAUGACGACGACGAGGCUCCUCCAGAGGAAACCAACGGAGACGACGCGAUACAAAGGAAUAAAUUUGACGACUCCUCUGCGGACUAUAGGACGCUGUACUUCAAAGUGCUGCAGGAGAAUCUGUCUUUGAAGGACCGGCUGCAGGAGACGGAGAAGCUGCUGAGUCAGAACAAAGUGGAGCUGGAGAGACUGCGACAGAGUCAAGAGGGAACUACUGACCGUCCGGCGCUGCUCGAGCUGGAGAGAUUUGAGAAGAUGACUCUGCAGCGGAGAGCGGUGGAAAUGGAAGAUGAACUCAAGAUCUUGGGAGACUUGAAAGCUGACAACCAGAGACUGAAAGACGAGAACGCGGCGCUCAUCCGCGUGAUCAGCAAACUCUCCAGAUGA